GUGAUGUAAGCGUUAUCAUUCGCCUAACCCAGCAAGGAACUCAAUUUUACCUAGAUUCAUCAUCAAGCGAUCAAUCUAACUUUGUUAAAAACAUGGGUAGUGAUAUUGCCAAAGUUAUUAAUUGUGAUGUCUCGCGUAUUACAAUACCGACACAUUAUCAAUAUAGUAAUACUGAUGACAAAAUUUUUAUGCGUAUUAAUAUCGCCCAAAAUGUCCCAAGCGGUCAAGACGAUCAAGAAGACAGUAGAAGUGCACCUAGCCUUGCUAAUGACUUAAAUGAACUGAUCAUUAACAAGGAUAUUUCAGUAAUUUCCACUGGCGACACCUCUAAAUACAUUGAUCAAUAUAAUGGUGCUUGGCAAAUACCCAACUUAUUGGAUAAAUAUAAAUUUAUCCUUAUUGGCGUUUUUGUUGCCCUCGUGCUGUUAUUAUUACUUCUAUGGUACCUUAUAAGUCGUGGAUGUUACAGGGAAGAUGAUCUAAAACAAAAAAGUAGAAAACGUGCAAUUCUCAACUUAAUGACCGUCUUUGUGCCUACUUUAAUAUUGGUUGAUCUUAUAUUAGACAUUUUAUUUAUAGUAUUUAAUAGAAAGGAUGAAAAAUGGAUUAUGCCUGUCAGUCGCGAACUUAGAGAGAAUGAACAAUAUAAGAUGUGGUGGCAAGCGCAUCGCGAAUUGCGCUAG